UUGGUCGAGAAGGAGGAAGAUGCGACGGCCAUGGAGAAUAGAUUGAGGACUUUUCAAACCGAUGUGAUUGAUAUUUGGACAUUUCAGGCCCUGACACGGCGCCGUGUGUAAUGUAAUCUCACUGGAUCGGUACUUACCGGACGCUGCUCGGUGUCGGCGGUUUGUUUUGUUCUCGUUUGAAUCCUCUGGCUCGGUUUUGUUUGUGGUGUCGGAUCGUUUGAUGUGAUGUCGGGCCCUUUGCGCUGCUUUAGGUGAAGUCACUCCCUGCAGAAUGUAGCUUCGGGUUAUAUCACCAGAACAGUCGUCACUGGAGGUAAAGAAGCAGCUGAUCUCCUUGCAGGUGUUGCUGUGUGAACGAUGCACGAGCGAUGUCUGAUGUUGAGGCCACGUACGCAGACUUCAUCGCCUCUGGCAGGACGGGCCGCAGGAACGCCCUGCACGACAUCCUGCAGAGUCCCACCGACCCCGAGGGACGAGAGCUGCCCCUCACCCUGUCCCUGUCCCAGCUGCACAUCAACGCUGGAGGGGGAGAUGGAGACGACACUGAGGACAGCCAGAGCUCCUCUUCCAUCCAGAGGGAGGCCGAGCAGAGGAACAGUUAACCUGCUGCACACUCCCACCGGCAGACAGAGAGCUGAAGGAUGGUUUCCAGUCGUGGUGGUGAUGAAUCAGUUCGUCCAAAGCGGGCUGAUAGCUGGAGGGUAGUACCGUGACUGCUGAUGUGCCUUCAAACAGGGCACUGACCCCCAAAACCCACUGUAGAAGUGCUGCGAUGUGACUACCCAGUGCUCCGUGUGAAUCUACUGUGCACUAGAAUAACAGAUUGAUUGCAGGGUGCUUUUCAGAGUCAGGGUAAGCAGAAAGACAGAUUUGUAGCUCUUGUAAAGCUGAUUUUUACUUUCAGUCUUAGUUACUAAACACAACCGGCGGGAGGACUGAAAUAUACAAAGAAAACAGACGGGGCACCUGUGUGAGUUUUGUAGGCGUUCAAGCAAUUUGUAAGAGCACUGAGACGAGCUGAUGCAACGGUCGCAGUGGAAGUAGCAUGUUUGUAGAGGUAGUGAUGCUGGUAGAGACUGUAUUGCCAGGUAAUGGCUUGUGCUUCCUUUAAAUUGACAGUACUGCGGAGGGGGAAAUGGAUUCAGCUGUAGUGGAGCUGCGACAAAAACUCACAGGCUUGACUCAGUUGUGUAUAGUAGAAAGCAGCGGGCUGUAGCAGAGCUGGAGGUGUGACAUUUACAGUCGGUAUGGAUGAAGCGUUUCAGUGGCUCUGUGGUUUUAAAAAAAGAAAUGAAAUGAUGAUGUGUACUAUCUUUAAAAAUGUUUAUACUUUUUUUUUUUUUUUUUUUUUUAAACUUUUCUAACAAUGCCAUUAUAAUCACAACCCUACAGGAGUAGUUUGACAUUUUUGGAAGUAUACUUUCUUGUUGAGAGUUAGAUGUAUAUGUAACUAGAGUUAGCAGAAGAUUAGCAUAGCCUAGCAUAAAGACUGGAAACAAAGUGAAACAACUAGCUUUGCUGUGUCCAAAGGUAGCUAAAUUGACCUGCCUCCACCUUUAAAGCUCACCAGUUAACAUGUAAUAUCCUGUUUGUGUUUGUUUUUUUUUUUACACAAGGUAAGAUGUAAAAACAACAAUUAGCGGUUUUGCUGAAAGCUAUGUGCCAAAGGGUUUCUGUGCUGGAAGCCGUUGGUUUGCGACCAGUUGAGACUCCAUUACGUCAUGUUUUGUACAAAUUAAGCUGAAGUUAAAUAACACACUACUUAGUGAGCUAUAGAGAUGCUGAUUGGUGGAUUUGUUACCUUUGGACAGUUAGCCAGGUUAGCAUUCCUGCUUGUGUGCAGUCUUUGUGCUGUAUAGAUGUAAUAUGGGCCUCGUGUGGCCAUCUCUGAUUUUGACCUUUAGCUUCCACUUGCUACAGUUAGCCAAACUUAACUUGCUAAUAAUUUAUUAAAGCUGCAAAUCAUUUAAAUUUAGCACUAUAUGACCUCUAUGGUAGCUACAGCAUUAGUGUCCAUACAACAUUUUGACUGGCAGAAAAAUACUCAAAUGAAGCACUGAGAUGAAAUGCAUACAUUCACUUUUUUUCAACAAAAAUCAAUAUCUUAACAGUGUAUCGCCAUUCUGUAUGUAGACAAGCAUCAUCCCUUGUUCUGAUCAUUUCAUGUGACAUAUUAUAUAGCUCAAAAUAAACAUAAAUUGGCCAGAAUCUGUUUUCAGGUUCAGAGAUUUUCAACCAGAAGUGCAAAAAGUGGCUCUGAUAAAAGACAUUCAGAGAAAAAUGUGGACACUUAGUCAUACAACAAACUCAACUAGCUACCUAUGUUGCUUUACAUUAGCUUCCUGUUUUUACAGUGGAAAUGUUCACCAAUGAUAUAAAAGCCAUUGUAUAAAAGAUGGCUGUAGCAACUGAGACGUCACCCAUUGGUUUGUCAACUACUGAAAUAAGAGAUGGUGAACCAGAGACUGAAAACUCAAGGACACAGUGCAAUCUGUCAAUCAAAAGGUAGCCUAACCCUAAAAAAUGUCCUGAUUUGUCAUCUAUUGUACUUUAAAUGGGACCAUCAUUUACCAAGUGAACCCCAUGCUGUAUGGAAGGAGACUUGAAGCUAGCGAUUUAGACCAUAAAGUCGAAACAAAUGAAAUGAGAACCAUGUUUAUUUUCCCAUAGACUUCUAUAAAAUUGUACUUCUUUUUGCAGGCAGAGGAGUCGCCUCCUGCUGGUCAAUAAAAGGAAUGCAGGUUUAAGGUACUUCCACAUUGGCUUCACUUUUUAGAGCCGCUAGCUACAUCCAGCUUUUAUAUACAGUCUGUGAGGCUUCACUUGUCCAUACAGUGUUGCAGGUUACUGGUAAUGAUUCUUAACAUUAACUUCCAUUGUUAUCUAGAAGCAGAUUUAUGAAUAUGAAUUAACCCUCCUGUUGUCUUCAUUUAUGGGCACCAUAAAAAGUUGUUCCCUUGUCUGAAAAAAAUCCCAAAACUCAGCAAAAUAUUCCCCAAAUUUCUGAAAAAAAUUUGCAAAAUCUUCAGGAAGAAAAUUCAAAAAAUUCCUUAAAACUUUCCCUUAGCUAGAUUUAAAAAAAAAAAUCCCCAAAUUUGGCAAGAAAUUAAAAAAAAAAAAAAUUUAAAUGUAAAUAUUUUCAAAAAAUGAAUAAAAAUCUUCCCAAAAAAAUCCUAAAAAAUAUCUAAAGUGAUUUGUUUGUUUGUGCGAAAUUUGCUGGAUUUUGGUCUAUUUUUUUUCUGAAUGUUCUUAAAGAAACAUUUUUUUUAGCAUUUCUUUCUUUGCACCAAAAAAUGUUCGAAAAUUUCCCAAAAGUUGAAAAUUUAGAAAUUUUCACUGUGAAAAUAUAUAUAUUUUUUCCACAUUUUUAAACUUUAAAAUGGGUCAAUUUGACCCGCCGGACGACACAAGGGUUAAAGAAUUAAACAUGGACUAGACUGUAUGUAAUAUUGCCAAUAUAGUAUGGAAUCAUUUUCUUACACAGUAUGCCCAUGUCAUAAAAAAAUGGACUUCCCCUCUGUGUUGGGAUGAAUAAAUAUUGCAUUAACACAUAUUUUGAACAACCCAAAAUACAAAAUUACAAGCUUUGAAUAUUUCCCCUUAUGCCUAAAGAUGUUUAUUAAUUUCUUCCAUUGAUUUCCAGGUGAAGGAGCAACACUGUUAAUGUUUUAGAAUGCUGGUGAUUUAUGAUCAGCAGUAGAUAAGCAGGUUCAAUCAGCCACUGGCUCCUGCAGCUACAUAUUUGCAUGCAUGACAUGCAUGACAGCGUUAUCGAUCUUCCCAUCGGACACUCAGAAGCGAAUUCAAUAAGACCCAAAAUGCCAAACUAUUCCUUAAAUGUGGAUAUGCAAUACUCAGUGGAGCUUCCAGUAACUGCAAGAUUUGUUUGUGUAAAAGUUUCUAUCUCUGACACUGAAACUGACCUACAUUCCUGCUGCUUUGUGUAACAGCUGAUAGUAAUCAUAAUAAUCACCUGUAUAGACCAUCACGCAUGCACUUUUAAACCUGUGUCUUCUGUCAUUUUCCUCUCCGACUAUAACCUUCGACUUCCAUUCAUGAUAACAUAGAGGCCGAUGUAACUCUUUUUUUUGUUAUUGUCAUUCAAUCAGGUGUUCAAGUUGUAAACUGCCGUGACUGUGUAGUGACUCACUCUGGCUUCAAGAAGACUGUGUAAAACCAAGCUGUUCAUUAUUCCGCAUGUUAAAAGUAGGGCAGGUGCAUGACUCCGCCAAAUGUUUAGGUGUUUGUCUGAAAGUCUGUAAACAUAUUUUCUACUUCUGGUGUCAAACAAAGUGAAAUAAAUAAUGGAGGAGAGUAAAA